AUGGUGGCGGGAGUGUUGGUGGCUGUGGGUUUGGUGGCAGCCGAUAGCUUUCUUGCUUUUCUUAAUGUUCCCAGUGUCAAAUGCUUCCAUUCUGGCAAGACUUGUCCUGGAACCCUUGGGAACCUGCAGGCACUAAUAUGGAUUCAUGAAAGCAACAAUUUUCUUAAUUCCGGCAGACCAUUGCGAUACAUUUUCACGUUGUGGUCCAUCUGCUACAUGGUAACAUGUAACUCCAGAGCUAUGGCGAUAUGCUCCAGCUUGCCAGGAUUUGAGCCAGAGAACCCUGGAUAUUGGUUAAGUAAAUGUGUGGAGAAGAGGAAAAGCUAUAGUUGUGGGAAGAGCAAAGGUGAGGGGUUUAUAAUAUUACCAAACCUGAAGCUUCCUGAUGCCAAGAACGCUAAAUUGCUCUCAAAUGUGAGUCCACAAGAGUGUGAAAUGGAGUACUUGAAGAGCUGCAGCUGCACUGGGUUUGCUAGUGCUGGUGAGGUUCGUCAACGGGGUUGCUUUGCAUGGUAUGGAGAAUUAAAUGAUAUUAAGAGGGUGUUUGGUGGGAAUUAA